AGAUCCCAGGGGUGAGCUCAGGGUGCCAGGGAGGCUGUCUGACCUGCUCUGAUUAUAAUGGCUGUCUGUCCUGUAAGCCCCGCCUCUUUAUCUUCCUGGAGAGAAAUGGGAUGAGGCAGAUGGGGGUGUGUCUGCCCUCCUGCCCCAGUGGUUUCUACGGCACCCGCUCGCCAGACAGAAACACAUGCACAAAGUGCAGGCCGGAGUGUGAUUCUUGCUUCAAUAAGAACCUUUGCAUGCGGUGCCGAGCGGGGUACUAUCUCCACCUGGGCAAGUGUCAGGAGAGCUGCCCAGAGAGCCUGGUCUGCAGCGACACACAAAGGGAAUGUGUUCCCAAGUGUCCUGCGGACUGUGAUGCCUGUCUGAUCAAUGACACAUGUACAAGGUGCAGAUCAGGCCUGUACCUGCUGCUGGGGAAGUGUCACCACGUCUGUCCAGACGAGUUUGAACCAAACGACAAACUCAUGGAGUGUUCCCUUCAAGUGCACUGCGCGGUGGGUGAGUGGGGAGAGUGGAGCCCCUGCUCCCGGUCAGGGAAAACCUGUGGAUUUAAAUGGGGUGAGGAGACGAGGACCAGGGAAGUUGUCCAGAUCCCUUCCGCCUACGGAAAACCCUGUCCCCCCAUCUGGGAAAAGAAAGAGUGUGUCCUCAAGAGGAGGCGAUGUCCGGGGCAAGGCAAGGGGAGGAAGGGUGAGCGGCGGGGCGAGKGGAGAAAUCGGGACAACCGCCGGGACAAGGACAGCCAGGGGGAAGGCKGGCGGGAGAGGAAGAAGGACAGAGAGAGGGAGAGGGGGGAGGCAGGUGACCGGGAGGACUCUGAGAACAGGAACAAGACAGAYCAAAGACGCCGYAGAGGCCAAAACAGAGACCKUGRUGUCUCACCUGAGGGAGGAGGUCCUYKACAGUAACYYAGCCUGGAGGAGCCCUCUCACUCCACCCCCUCUUUGUCKCCCUCGCCCCCUCAACUCCUUGCUGAAGGGGUGCUGCUGCUACCUGUAUUAUUUAAAUAUAUACUGUAUAUGCACAAGAGAGAUGGGGUCACUCGAUCGGGCCACUACAGACUCUAAGGACUUCUCCCCUACAUACCUACCUACCUACCUAUCUGCCCCCCUCCACCACACACCACUGAGAGGCCGCCUCCCCCUUCCCGUCCUGUCCUCUAGUUUCACCAGACCAGAGAGACCCAAGAAUGCUGUUGAUUGGACGGGAAUGAACAAACCUGCUCUUGUGAUUGGAUGGGACUGUACAGAGGAGAGGAGUGAGACAUUCAAAUGUGACAGUAUGGGGAUGAUGAUGUGUUUGUCAUUGGGAGUCGGGACAAUGUAAAUGCUUGUUGAAUGGGUUAUUUAAAAGGGUCCCGCCCAGUUAAAAACAAACUUUGCGUCUUGGUUUGAAUGUAGGUUUAAUUUGUGACAUUAUGUAGAAUUGUUGUUGUUGUUUAAAUGUCUUUAUGUUUUUGUUUGUUGUUUUUUGCUGAGUAAAUUAUCAUGGGAUAUCAGUAACAGAAAGACAGUCAGAUGUGGUUACUGCAUCCAGAUGUAUAGUAAACAUAUGAGACAAACCGACUGAAUUGAUUUUGUGACAGAAUGAGGACGGACCCCAGUGUUUUCCUCCCAACUUAUUAUUGGUCAUGUUUGUUCAGAAGUGUCCUGGACAAAGUGUUAGUUUGCCUAUCUGUGUAAGCAGGAUCUGUGCUUUCACACACCACCUCUGCAGAAAUCAAAAGCAUCUGUAUGUCAAAUAAACUAUAAUGGGUUUGUACUUGU